UUGAAGUUGCACUAGCUGGGUAAAGAAGAUAAGUCUCUUAUCUCCUCUACCCAGCUUUUUAUGGGGUGAGGAAAGCUCUGGAGAAUGUGAAUUGGUUACUGUCGCAGUUGCACAGUACGAGAUCCGAUCGAUCAUCGACGCGUUUCGGAGCUGAAAAUGCUUAUGUAACUGCGAAAGUGCAUCUUACAGUGUCAGCCUGUCAGGUGGAUUUAUGAAACAGAGUAUGUGGUAAAUACUGUCCACUCUCAGUCUGCACGAUGGUACUCGACGGGCCUUAUCAAUGCUGGUGACGAAUUUCUCAAGCACAAGGUUCAAAUGGCUCCUAAACACCGCUCGUGUUUGCGAUAGGGAUACUGUGACCUGUCGCUGCGGCGCUGAAGAGCGGUUAACUCUCUGGUUACGUAAAGGAUGUCCCUGGAGGAUGGUGAACUCUCUCGGCGGAGGAAACGGCGUGGUGCCUCACUACUCUGGCACGACGCUGGAUGCGCAGGUACGUUAUGCCGCUGGUACCAGGGAACUUCUCGAAAACUGCUUGAUUGGUAGGCCGAAAGACCGAGUCCCAGCACGUCAUUGUCGGCCUCGGAAAGUACGAAACAAAGGCAUACGGUCAACGCUGAGUAUCUACGGCCAAGGCGACCAGGGGAGUUAGUCAUUGCGCAAUCGAUACCACCUGUGACGACCUGUCUUGUUCGCUUCUUCUGGUAUGCGGUACUUAUAUGGAUGGUUAACAAAUUGUGACCCGCU